AUGGCCAGCGUGGCAGCGGCGAUCAAUAGAGCGUCGUCGUCGAAAGUCGACGCGGAUCUAUGGUGGUCCCCACACGGCGCCUUGCUGGCGCGACUUGAGGCGAUUGACAGUGGUGGAAGUGACAAUGUCGAGGAGGAUGGUCGCGAGCUGGCCAGGAGCCUAUCAGAGCAUCACACGUGGCUGCUGCACGGCUUGGCGUGCUUCAAGCCUCCCAGCAGCCGGUCCCGCGACGCCAUUGGCGCGGCUCGUCUGGAAGUGGGCGUGGGGGCAGCAGGAGCAGCACCAGGCGCACCGCAAGUGACCAUCCCCGUGACGGGGCGGCUAAGAGAAGCCGCUGUGACUGCAAGCGCUGUGAUUGCUUUUUUCCUGGCGGAUAGGGUGGGCGGAGGGGAGAGGGCGCUCGUGGGGGAGGCGGAGGGGGAGGGCGCGGGGAAGGGCGCAGGAGGAGGAGAGGAAAAGAAGGGCGUGGAAGAGAAGGAAGAGCAACGGAGAUUGGUGCAAGAGGUCGUGGCGUUGUAUCAGGAGGAGAGGCAGAGCCUGCUCAAGUGCCUGCGGCUCCUGCUGGCCAUGCAAGCUGAUUCCUCCUCCCCAUAUGCGGCUGCCAUUGAGGGGGAGGUGAGCGCGCUGCUGAACGAGGGCCUGUUGUCAAACGUCAUGGCUCAGCUGAGGUUGCUCCCACGGUCUGAACCCCCCAAGGCCUUGGAGCUUUUCUUUGGCUUCACUCCAUCUCCACCGCCCCUCUCCUCAUCUCCAUACUCCACCCCUCCCUCCUCCUCCUCCUCCUCGCCCUCCUCCCCCUCCGUAUCUCUCGCCUCUCUAGCCAUUAGUGCAGCGGCGGAGUCACUCCUCUCCACCGCACUGCACCGCGCUGUGCUCCUGCUAAUUGCAGCUGUGGACGUGGAAGGGGUGGUUGUGGCCCUGGCGCAAGGGAUGCAUUUUAGCGCCUCCCAACACCCCCUCUCGUCCACCUCCUCACUGACGGAAGUGGAUCAGCGCCUCUCUGCGUGGCUCUCCUGCCUGCUCUCUGCUGCUGCCGCUGCUGCCAAGGGGGCGGGUGGUAGAGGCCAAAGCGAGGAGCUGGAUGGCGGAGUGGGGGGGAUGGCAGAGGAGGAUUUGGAGGAGGUGUAUGGAGGAGGAGGGGGAGGAAGGCUCAUUGGGUUGGAUGCAGUGGUGCCGCUGGUGGGGACUCGUGGUGCUGCAGGGUCAGACGUUUCUCCUGUGCUGCUCGCGUGGGGUCUCCUUCGCAUGCUGCUGCAAUGGCUGCCGGAUUCCUCUCACCUGCCGGUGAGCUAUCAUCAGCUAUCAUCAGCUAUCAUCGGGCCUGUGUGUGCUCUGUGCUGCUCACAUAUGCUCGUGUCUCCCAUGCUGCUCGCGUGGGGUCUCCUCCGCAUGCUGUUGCAGUGGCUGCCGGAUUCCUCUCACCUGCCGGCACCCUCGUUGAACCCGGGUGUGUGUGUGCAAGCAGCCUAUGCAGCAGGGGCACUGGACUGGAUUCUCUCUUCGCUGCUCUCCUCCUCUCUCCCCUCCCACCCCUCCAACGACCCUGUGAUGCAGGGGGUGGUGAAGAGGUGCGUCAAGGGGCUGUGCACUGCCUACCUCACUGCCUUUGACAUUUCCAACCAGCCGCCACCAGACGCGACUUCCCCGCCCGCCCCCUCCCCUUCCUGCGCCUCCUCUCCGCCCUCUCCCAUGGCUCCUGGCCCGCCCGCUGCACGUGAGUUGCUUCCUCUCUUCCUUCUCUCCUCUCCGCCCUCUCCCACGCCUCCUGACCUGCUCGCUGCACGUGCGUGCGUCAUGCUUGUUGCUUUUCAUCCGCAGUCUUCUGCUCUCCUCCUCUCGGCCCUCUCCACCCUCAGCGCUCUCCCACCAGGCCCAUUCUCUGCACAGCACCAUGGGGGCGGCCCUCUUCCUCCCCCCUCUGAAACACGCCCUCUCCUGACCUUCCUCUCUCUCCUCUCCCCCCUUCCCCUCCUUCUCAGCUUUGAGUUCCUCGAGAGCACCAUGGGGGCGGCCCUCUUCCUCCCCCUCCCGCCCGCCUGUGCCUCCCUCUCCGCCCUCUCCGCUCCCCAGCCCCUGUUGCUGCCACGCUGCGGGGGGUUGCUGGUGCUGACUGGGGCGCGGGGGGAGGUGGUGGAAGGGGGAGGGAGGGAUGGAACUGCACUGGUGCAUUUUGAGGUCCCCCUGAGCGCGCUCCUCAUCCUGCUCUUCCGUCUCGUGCACCGAGCACAGCAGGACCAGGACGCGUCGCCUGCUGCUGCCACGUGGCAGUCCGCCAUCGGCGGAGCUGACGUCAGCACCAGUGCUGCAGGUCUGGGGGGAGAGGAGGAAGCAGCGGAGGAGCUCUCAGUGGGGCUGUCGCUGCUGUCUAACCUGCUAUCGGCCAAUCAGGCGUGUGUGGUGGGCGGGGGCGCUCCUGCAUCGCCACUCGUUGCCCGUUUUCCCUCUCAAUCCAUGUUUUCCAAUCUCGCUUCUCUCCCCCUUCCCUCUCCCUCCCCAUCCCAUCGUUCCCACUCUUCCCAUCUCUGUCCCCUGCCUCGCAUGCACCUCCCAUUGGACACGACUGCGCUCAUCACUGCCACACUGGACGGCCUACUCUCCUCCCCUGCUCUCCUUCUGAGGCGCCUCAAAGAAUCUUGUUGGCCCAACUCCCUUCCCCCCCCAUCCCUCCCUCUCCUCCAUGUAAACCCCAGAUUGGACCCCACUGCGCUCAUCACAGCAAUACUGGACGGCCUGCUCUCCUCCCCUGCUCUCUCCAACCCCUCCUCCCCCUUCUCCUCCUCCUCAUCCUCCCCUUCCUCCUCCUCCUCCACCUCCCACGCACCAUCUGCUGCAGUCGCCCUGGCCUCUGCUGCCUGUUGCCUGCGAAUACUUGCUGCCUUUGCCCUCCUCCAUCCUGAGCGGGUUGCUGCUGCACUCUCCUCCUCCGUCUUCUCCCCAUCAGCCCUAUCAUCGGACCUUCAACUCCAAUCAGGCCCUGCCACGAGCCCUCUGCACCUGCUGUGCUUUCAGAUCGAGCAACCACUGGGAAGCUUCCCCUUCACUCUCGCAG